CACGGGUAUGGGAUUAUGUGUGUGUGUGUGUGUGUCUAUAUAUUUUUUGUUUAUUGAUGUGGUGCUCAUCCACCAGCACUAGGAUGUGAUAUGUGGUGGUGUGUCGGGACAUAUGUGUGAAACAAUAAUAAUAAUAAUAAAACUAAUCAUUUCAUAUGGCUUUGGAUAGAAAACGAUCGCAAAGAUCGCCGAGGAUUAGUAGUAGUGCCAGAAAUCGUGGUAUCGAUGCUCAUGGAGUAGGAGGAGGCAAUUUGGCUACAGUUCCCGAACAUUACCAGCACCAGCAGCUCCAGUAUCAACACCACCAACAACAACAACAACAACAAGUAGACCGACGACCGCCGGUAACCAAAUGCAAGACUUGUUGCCGAAAAUUCUUAGCAUUCCUCGUCUCAAAUGUCGGUCUGUGUGUACUAGUAGUGGCCUAUUCAGUAGGCGGUGCCUUCAUGUUCAGGGCUAUUGAGGCACCGUUUGAGGUACAGACAGCUAAACAGGUUACCGAUUUGCGUAACCGGACUAUACGUCAUCUAUGGAAUAUAACAUACAAUCACAAUGUGUUCAACUAUAGUGUUUGGCGUCAAUCGGUUAUCCAAGAAAUCAAAUACUUUCAGACGGAUCUAUUGAAAGCCAUCAAAGAUGGCUAUGAAGGACAACAGGACACCGGUCAGGAACAGUGGUCUUUUUCCGGGGCCUUCCUGUUCAGCCUGACUGUCAUAUCCACUAUAGCCAAUGAAUUACUGUCACCUGGCACAUAUGAAUUGUGUGAGAGUCAACCGGUAUAUUCUUUCUGGUUGAGAGCCAGUCCUUAA